GGGGAUUCGGGUUGGGAUGUGGAAAAAAAGGUAGAAAAUGGCUUGGUUUUCCCCAUCCCCGUCCUUCCCUCCUCCAUCCUCCCCUCAGGGUCCUGAAUUUUGCCUCCUUCAGUCCCAGGGAAGGGGGAAAAUGAUACAAAAAACCCCAACGCCUCCUCCAUCCCCCCUCCCUUCCCCCCGGCCAAAAUCCACCCCGUUGUCUUUCUCCCCUCGGUGGGUUCCUGUUGGACGUGUCGACCCCUUUGUUUCCAUUUAUUUUAUUUCAGCAGAAUGGCAAAACACCGAUGAAUCAAUGAAGCAGGAUGAAGUGCUGGUGGGGGCUCCAAAAUACAUAAAAAUAAAGGGAAAAGUAGCAGGAGGGAUCUGUGCUGGAAAUCGGUCAUUUAUUCCCGGCAUCAAAUUUCCCGUUUCCAAGCCCGACCUGCUGUCCCGCCUGGACCAUGGGGAGGAAGCAACAGCCCUGGAUCUCCACAUAUCCCGGGAUACCCCUGCUGCAGAGCACAGAGCAGGAGCAGGGCAUGAACUGUCUCAGGAAGAACGUGCUGAGGAAAAGCCCAACGUGGACAAGGAGCACCCUCAGCUCACCGUGAGCCGGAGUGAGAGCCACACUGGCAACACCUGCAGCGAGUGUGGGAAGACCUUCAGCCACAAAUCGGCCCUGGUGAAGCACCAGAAAAUUCACAGUGGAGACCGCCCACAUGCAUGUCCCGAUUGUGGGAAGGGCUUCAUCCAGCGCUCCGACCUCACCAUCCACCGGCGCGUGCACACGGGCGAGCGGCCCUACGGCUGUCCUGAGUGCGGGCGCCGCUUCAGCGUCAGCUCAUCGCUGCUCACACACCGGCGCACGCACGCGCCCGGCGCCGUCCAUCCCAACCGCUGCCCCCAGUGUGGCCGCAGCUUUGCCGACGCCGCAGCGCUGGCCCGGCACCAGAAGAGCCACCUGGGUGGGAAGCCCUUUGAGUGUGGCGUGUGCAGGAAGGCCUUCGCCUGGAGCUCCCACCUGGAGCGGCACCGCCGCAUCCACACUGGCGAGAAGCCCUUUCGGUGCACCGAGUGUGGGCGGGCCUUCGCUUGGAGCUCCCACCUGGACCGUCACAUGCGCACCCAUGUCAGCACAGUCACCGCCGGGGAUGAGGAGGGUGUGGAGGCAGAAGAGGAGCCACUGCCGGCUCCGCGGAAAUGCACCGACUGCGGGAAGCGCCUCAACCACCAGACAGACCCGCAGCGCUUCAAGCACAAGGCCACGCAGACCCCGCUGGCUGGUGCCGGUGCCAAUACCGUGCCACAGUCCCACCGCUGCGAGCAGUGCGGGAAGUACUUCAGCCACAGGUCGGGGCUGCUCAAGCACCRACACGUGCACAGUGCUGAGCGGCCGUACCCCUGCUCAGACUGCCCACGCAGCUUCCGCUGCAGCGUGGCCCUGGCCAAGCACCGGCACAGCCACGUGCAGCCACCCGACAAYGCUGACAAUGCCACGCUGGCCACAGAGGAAGCUGCCAAACCAUACCCAUGUGGGGCGUGCGGGAAGAGCUUCGGGUGGGUGUCACACCUGGAGCGGCACCGCCGCGUGCACACCGGGGAGAAGCCGUUCCGCUGUGGGGAGUGCGGACGUGGCUUCACUGUGAGCUCCCAUCUGGAGCGGCACCGGCGGGUGCACACGGGUGAGCGGCCCUUCCGCUGCGGUGACUGCGGUAAGAGCUUCGCCGUCAGCUCCACGCUGCUGGYGCACCGGCGCACCCAUGGCACCAAGCCAGGCCAACCCCACGCCUGCCCCGAGUGCGGGAAGGGCUUCGGCUCACUGGCCGGGCUGGAGCGGCAUCAGCGGCUGCACCGCGGCGAGCAGCCAUACCAGUGCGGGCUCUGCGGRAAGGGCUUUUCCUGGAUUUCCCACUACGACCGACACCGGCUCACACACACCGGGGAGAAGCCCUUCCCUUGCGCCCACUGUGGAAAGCGCUUUGGCCGCAGCUCCCAUCGCAACCGGCACCAACGUGCCCACACCCAGCACAGCCCCCAGAAGCACCACGUGUGCCCCAGUUGCGGCAAAGGCUUCAGCCUCAGUACGGCCCUAGCAGCCCAUCAGCGCCUGCACAGCGUCGGUGCCCGCGGCCCCCUGUCCCUGCUGCCACCUGAGUGGUGGGAGGGUGAACCAGGGGGCUCGGUCACACCCCCUGAGCUCUGGCCUGAGGAGCCCCGCUCUGCUUYCCAGCAGCAGCCCGUGCCUUCCUCUUCUGCAGCACCCGAGGGCUGGGCAGCCAAAGCUCACCUGCUCCUCCCUGGUGCGUGGAGGCCUGGGAAGGGGGACACUCUGCAAAGCGACGCUGCAGCCCCUCCAGAGCCUCGGGUAUCCGUUGCUCCUCCCAGCUCCUAAGGUGGGGCCGGAUGGAGUCCCCCUCCACUUUCGGGGACAACCCAUGGCUGAGAUGGGAGGGUGGUCUGUGCACCCACCCCAGGAUGGGAAAGGGCUUGGGGGGCACAGGAUACCCCGGAAUGAGGGUCAGGGUGCCAGAGGGGGGUGA